AUGGGCGGCGGACCUCAACUGCCUUCAAAGGCCCAUUCCUUGCCCGACAGGACCGUGACGAGCGGUCCCGGAGAGAAGGCAUACCUGUUUGGAGUGAUUGACUUGGGAAGCAACGGCAUCCGCUGUAGUAUCUCCGACCUCACCCCCCCAACCACUCGGAUUAUCCCUACGGUCCACGCGCGACGGUUCAACAUCUCGCUUUACGAUGCACAGUUCGAUCCAGACACGGGGGAGCGGAUCCCCAUCCCGCAGCAUAUUAUCGAACGGGUAGUCGGCGUCCUUGUUCGGUUUCAGAUUGUCUGCGUGGAUAUCGGGGUGCCACCGAAAAAUAUCCGGAUUAUCGCCACAGAAGCCACGCGACUAGCUAUCAACGCGAAAGAAUUCGUCGACGCGAUUGAGCAUGCGACCAAUAUCCCCGUUGAGAUACUGCCGAAGGAGCAGGAAGGCGUCAUCGGCGCCUGGGGGAUCGCGAGCGGGUUCUCGGACAUUGAAGGCCUGGCGAUGGACCUUGGGGGCGGUAGUAUGCAGAUGACGUGGAUCAUGUCGCAUGCGGGCAAUGUCCACAUCAGUCCGAAGGGAGCCAUCAGUUUCCCGUAUGGCGCCGCAGCCCUGACGCAAAAACUGGCGGAGCUGAAGAAGGGAAAAAGCAAGGAGGAGGCACGGGAGGCCGAAGAGAAGUUCCGCAACGAGAUGGAGACGAAUUUCCGCAAUGCCUGGGACGAGUUGGAGAUCCCGCAGCAUCUGGAAGAGAAGGCCCGAAAACAGGGCGGCUUUGAUCUGUAUCUGUCCGGUGGAGGGUUCCGCGGUUGGGGAUAUCUCCUGCUCUACCUGCAUCAAGUCCGUGGCGAAUAUUACCCCAUCUCCAUCAUUAACGGAUACUCGGCCGGCAGAGAGGAUUUCGAAAACACCGAGGCAUUGAAGAAAAUUGCCCGGACGGCCCAGGAUAUCUUCCGCGUUUCCGAUCGGCGGCGCGAGCAAGUCCCCUCGGUCGCGUUUCUGGUCAACGCACUGGCAAAUGCGGUGCCCCAUGGCAUCAACAAAGCCCAUUUCUGCCAGGGCGGCGUUCGUGAGGGUGUCCUUUUCCAGCGCAUUGUCCCCGUUAUUCGACAGCAGGAUCCUCUCGAGGUAGCGACCGUGAGUUUCGCGCCGACAUCCGCUCAAGCGAUUGCCUACCUGAUGCUCUCGGCUAUUCCACGCCCCGAUGGGAAGAAGCACUUCCCACACACCAUCACUGCUCAUGUCAUACAGGCUUUUGCCAAUUCCUUGUACUUGCAUGCACCGAUGUCGAAGGAGCUAUCUUCGACUGCGGCGUUAUAUUGCACCAGCGCCGGCCUCCUUGCCUCUGCUCAUGGGAUCCCCCACGGAGAUCGAGCACGGCUGGCGCUGAUGUUGCAGGAGAGAUAUGGCGGAGAACUACCACCGCGUGAGUUGGACUUUAAGGAACGGCUGCGGGCCCUGCUCACCCGUGAAGAGGUGUGGUGGACUCGCUACCUGGGGAAGGUCGGACUGGUGAUUGCUCGGUUAUAUCCGACGGGGACAGUGGACCCUGCCCGACCUCGGAUAGUCCCUAGCGCGCGAUGGGCGACAGACCUAGGGAAGAAAGGCAACAAGGAGGGCAUUGAGUUGAAGAUCUCGGUCCAGAAGGUGGCGUACGAUCCUACGCGGCUGAAGGAAGAGCUCGAAAAGGAUCUGAAGAAGAUCAAGAAGGUAGGGAAAAAGAAGCAUUGGAUAGGGGGGCGACAUGGAUGGGGGAUGAAGGUCAAGGUGGUUCUUGUGGAGGUCGAUUUACUGUAG